UGGGCCAUGGCAAACAAAGAUCACCAGCUUCACAACCACUCCCAGGGGGCGCCCUUGAACGAUCUCGGCCGUAAUAUUCUGAGCGUCAACGGCCACCCUCUGUCAAAGAGCUCCACAGACCUAGAAGGCGUCGGGCAAGGAGGCUUUGAAGAAAGUCAGCGCAACCGACGGGGCCUCCGAAAAAGCUGCAGCAGUUCAGUCUGCCAAGCCCAGGAGAAGGGGACCGCCGUUGGAAGGAUUCCUAGCUCUCUGACCCAUUUGGAGAGCACGUCCACGGCCAGAACCACGAGCAGCUUGUCUCCACAGGACACCGCACAACCUCUCAUCAGACACAGCAGCCACGUCUUCAGGGCUGACCAGCCCCCGGCAUCUGAAGAAGGGAGGCGUUCUAGAACAGAGCUCCAAAGCAGUCCUGGCGAGAAGUUUACGCCAGCCCGUGGUGCCAGUCUCCAACAAUGGUGGGCAAUGGAGGGCCUUGGAACUGCAGUCCAGAGGAGCCUCUCUGAUCUAACGUGUAGCUGCAAGCAACCGAGUCCCACCUUCCGCAUGGAGGCAAGCGCCACGUCUCCUGCUAUAUGUCCCAACAGUAGUAACUUUGCUUCGGCGGACAAAAUGGUUAUUUCAGGACCGAGAUACGGAGUAGACACGUAUGAAGACGGCCCAGAUUUUCAAAGUCAUGUGAUUCAGAUUCCAGGUUUGUCUAGAGGCCACAACGUACCUGCUAAUACCUUUCACCAAGGUGCCACGUCACACCAUGUUGCUAUUUUUACAGACCCCAGAGCAUCUCACGCAACUGUUCUUGGUUCAAGUACACCCAGUUUCUCCAACAGGGCAAUAAAUACCCAGGGUGGAAUCGUAGAUAGCAGCUUUUCAACUGGCGUGUGCCCACCCGGAAUGGUGACCAUUCACAACGGUACUCCUCUGCCCUACAACAUCAGCCAUGCAUCUGCUGUGAGGGAAGAGGGCACCAUGCCUGCCUACUGCCAUUCCUUACCCAUACCUUCUCUUCAGUUUACCCCAAGGCUGGUAUGCCCAGUUAAUGAACCGGGCAAAGAACAAGUCAACCCUCUCCAUUGUACAUCUUUGCUUGCUACUGAAGCCUCCUCUGUGAAUAGAUCAGGUCUGGAAGCCAAGCACUUCCUGCGAUGUUGUGGUGCCCAUGGAGAAGGUGUGCUGAAUUCUCAGCCUUCCGCACAGGCAAGCAAAGCUCAGGAGGAAAUGAAGACCAUGUACGUGGUGUUGAAUAGCCACCAAGAUGGUGUACACACAGUCAUGAAGACAAAGGACACGUGGACAAUGACCUCUAUGAAUGAUAUCACGCAGGGGUUCCAGACUCCACUGGAUUGCAGAGAUGCACAAGUUCAAACCUUCCCAGCAACGGAAUGCAAGUCUGUGGCAACAAGCCCAUCUGUUCUGGCAGAAGGCCACCCCCAUGUGUUCCCAGAGAUUAGUCUGAAACCGGAGGCCGAGGGCGAAAAGUCUCCGGUGCGAGAAGUCAGGUGGGACGAUGAAGGCAUGACCUGGGAAGUCUAUGGGGCAGCUGUUGACCCCGAGGUGCUCGGUCUGGCCAUUCAGAAGCACCUUGAGAUUCAGAUAGAGCAGUUCCAGACAGAACCGGCGGAGCUUUCUGGGAGAAGCACUGAGGAACAGCCAGCUAAGGAGGAGAAAAGGAUAUCCUUUGAGAUGGUGAUGCACUGCCUGAGAAACCCAACCUGUUGUGCACGUUCCAGCUUGGCAGUGGAGUGA